AUGGAAGAUCAUAAGCUACUAGAAGUUGGUUGGUGGUGGUUGCAAUCUGUUCCAAAGCAUUGGUCCUUGGCCACCCCAACAACACUAGUGCUAGUAGUGAUCAUAUUCACCACCUUCCUCCUCAAAAGUUCACCCAAAAAGAAGACCAAGUCUUCGCCGUCCGCACGGCCGCCCCCAGGCCCAUGGAAGCUGCCGGUGAUCGGAAACCUACACCAGAUGGCGGUUGGGUCGCCGCUCACGCAUCACCGCCUCCGGGACCUGGCCAGGCAGUAUGGCCCUCUCAUGCAGCUCAAGCUGGGCGAACUCUCCGCCGUCGUCGUCUCCUCCCCAAAAUGGGCCAAGCAGUUCAUGCAAACCCACGAUCUCAACUUCGCCACCAGGCCCUUCCUCCUCGCCGCCAGCAUCAUAUUUUACGACGGCCGGGACAUCGCCUUCGCCCCUCACGGCGACUACUGGAGGAAGAUGAGGAAGGUUGUUUCCAUGGAGUUGCUGGGUGCCAGGCGCGUGAAGCUGUUUCGGCCUAUCAUGGAGCGAGAAGUGAAGAAGCUAGUCGAAUCAAUCUCAGCAGGCGGCACGGCGGCGCCGGUGAACAUGAGUCGGAUGUUCGUCUCGCUGGGGACAACGGUCACAUCUUGCGUGGCCUUUGGGAAGGCGCGGAAAGACGACCACCAAGUGGAGCUGCUGUUGCCCUUGAUAGACCAAAUUAUGGAGACGCUGGGAGGCUUCAGCCUGGUGGACCUCUUCCCUUCCAGUAAGCUCGUGGGCCUGCUCACGGGGGCCCAUUCCAGCCUCAGAAAGGUCCACGCAGCCGUCGAUGUCAUCCUCGAAGCCAUAAUCAGCGACCACGCCGCAAGAAGGUCCACAUCAUCAUCAGCUACCAAUUCGAAGAAAGACGGCGACGGUGAGGAUGUUGUGGACGUUCUCCUGAGUAUCAAAGAGAACAACGACCUCGGAAUCCCUUUCACCAACGAGGAGAUCAAAGCUCUCAUCCUCCAAAUAUUCCUCGGUGGGACUGACACGUGGACCGUGGCAGUGGAAUGGGCCAUGUCGGAGCUAAUGAAGAACCCAUGGGUUAUGAAGAAAGCACAAGAAGAGGUGCGCCAAGUGUUUAACUCCAAAGAAAAAUUAGGAGCUGCAAAUGAUCAAGCGUGGAUGGAUCAACUGCCUUAUCUACAGCUAGUUGUGAAAGAAACUUUCAGGCUGCAUCCUCCCGGUCCCUUACUAGUUCCAAGGGAGAGUCGAGAAACGGUUGAGAUCGAUGGGUAUCAAAUACCGGCUACCACCAAGGUCAUCAUCAAUGCAUGGGCCAUCGGUCGAGAUCCCCAACACUGGACCGAGCCCGAAACUUUCCAUCCGGAAAGGUUUCUCGAUAGCUCCGUAGACUUCAAGGGGAUGGAUUUCCAGCUCAUUCCGUUUGGAGCUGGACGAAGAGCGUGUCCGGGCAUACACUAUGGGAUCUCCAUCAUCAAUAUCGUCCUCGCGAAUUUGCUUUAUCAUUUCGACUGGGAGCUUCCUGAUGGGAUUACCCACCAGGACUUCGACAUGUCCGAGAAAUUUGGCGUGGAGGUGACAAGGAAGAACGACCUGCUCCUCGUUCCCGUUCCAUAUAUACCCCACCACCCAGAAUAA